UUUUUUUAUGGUAUAAGCCGGUAAACGAGCAGACGGAUCACCUGAUGGUAAGCAAUCGGCGUCGCCCAUUGACACCUGGAACACCAGAGGCAUUACAAGUGCGUUACCGGCCUUUUGGGGAUUAGGAAUUUGAGGAUCGUUGGGGAUUUAAGAAUUGGGGAGAUUGGGGAAGGGGAGGGUUAUUGGGCCUCCGGUAACCUCACUCGCACGAUGAAACACAACGCAAGCAUUGCUUCACGUCGGUUUUCUGUGAGGCCGUGGUAUCACUCCAGUCGACCCGGCGCAUUCGUGCCGAAGCAUGGCGCUCCCACACUUCAAAAUAUUUUUGCAUGAUUUGCUCAAUAGAAUAAACACCUUAGUGUUAUUUACCAUAGCAAUCAAAGUCAAAGUCACAGCAUUUAUUUAGUAUCGAUUGAAUCGAAACAUUGAUUGCAAAAUGUUAUUGUUCACGGACAUAAUUUCUGUUGUC